AUGACCUUAUUCUCCCUGGGCAGCGGCGAAGCUCCGCUGCUCGACAUGGUGGCUUAUGCCGGUUACACAUUCACGGGCCUAUCCAUGGCCAUGCUCGGAAAACUCGUCUGGAGCUACUCUUACUACUUCAUGCUGCCUUGGUCUUGCCUGUGCAUGGGGAUUUUCUUGGUGAAGACCAUGAAAAGAGUCCUCUUUGCUGAGGUCAGGAGUUACGACUCGAGCAGGCAUCAUUAUCUGCUGCUUUUAAUUGCCCUGGCACAGUUCCCGCUACUGAUUUGGCUCGGGAAUAUAAGUCUCAAUUGGCUUUUCUGA